AUGGCUCAUCAAGAGAAAAUCCGUACCUGGAUCGAAGCAUUCGAGUCUAUGACGCGAGAGUGCGCUCAAGUCGGUACGCUAAAACCGCUGGCAUGCCUCAGCGAUUAUCCACUUCUGCCAUACGACUAUGAGAUUUUGGACAACGUAAUACAGAAAGUUGCGCCUCAAUGGAAGCUCCUGGGCGUGGACGAGAUCGAAGACAUUUACCCUUGCUCACCCUGCCAAGAGGGCAUGAUCAUUAGUCAGAUUCGACAUCCCGACAGAAACCUUUACAACCACGAGACUACGUGGAAAGUUACCCCGUCUGAUGGAAGGGUUGUGGACCCUAGCAGACUGGAGGCAGCCUGUCGUAUUGUCAUCCAGCGACACCAAAUAUUGCGAACAGUCUUUUGCGAGGCCGGGGGACAACAUGUACCCUUUGUCCAGGUUGUCUUCAAAGAUGCUGCCUCGCUCAAGAUUCAGGUCUCUAGGUCGGAUCUCUCAGCCUACGACACCGCAAUCCCAGCACCCAAAGUCGUUGAUCCUACCAGGUUUCCCUAUCAUUUGGCUGUUUGCGAGUCUCCUGAUGGCGUUUCUUGCAAGUUCGUCAUCAAUCAUGCCUUGCUUGAUGGCUCUUGUCUGAGAGUCUUGAUACGCGAGUUGUCACUUGUAUACGACCAGAUAUCCCUACCAACGCCACCUCUAUUCAGCAGCUUCAUUAACUAUUUAUUAACAAACCCCACCGACGAUUCAUAUGCUUAUUGGAAUUUCCGAUUGGAUGGAAUAAGUUCAUCCCAUUUCCCAAGCCUGAAUGACUGUGAUGAAUCCGGCUCUACACCUGGUAGGCUUGACAUUGCAAUCCCUGACGACCAGGUUGCUGCGCUGCGGAGGUUCUGCAGAGAGCAUGGCGUUACUAUUGCCGCUGUUAUGAGCACCGUAUGGGCCCUGGUACUUCAGACCUACAUUGGAAACGAUACAGAGACAGUCUGCUUCGGCUACAUGGCAUCUGGUCGAGAUGUUCCGGUACCUUAUGUCCAUGAAUUGAUGGGACCUCUUCUGAACAUGCUUGUCCAAAGAGUCGACCUUCAGCCGUCUACGAAAGUCGCAUCUCUUGUCCGCAGUGUUUACGAUGGCAUUCUGGGUAACCUACCGCACCAAAAUUGCUCGUUGGCAAAAAUUCAGAGUGGCCUGGGCCUUGGAGGACAAAGUCUCUUCAACACAUUGGUAAAUGUACAAAAGGUCUCUUCAGUAUACGAGACCGACACAUUGCCUGCUAUUAAUUGGGAACUUGUUGGAGAGGGAGGCCCAGCUGAGUACGAUGUUAUUUUCGGUGUUGUGGACUCUGAUGAGGGCAUCAUGGCUGAUCUUCUUUUCUGGACAUCAUGCAUUUCUGAAGCGCAAGCCGUAGAUCUCCGAGCGACUUUGUUACAGACUCUAAGCUCUCUUUUAGAGAGCUCUGGCAAAUCAACGGUCAGCGAGAUUCAGGUUUUUUCAGAAAGCCACGGCCGUCAGCUCCAUUCAUGGAACGCACAUAACCCGCACAUCGUGGAGUCGUGUCUACAUCAACUAUUCGAAGAGCAAGUUGCUAUUCACCCAGAUGCUGCAGCAAUUAGUACUACAAGCACAGAAGCAAACUGGACCUAUGCGCAGCUAAACGAUGUUUCGACAAGACUAGCUGCCCAUCUCCAGACUUGUGGAGUGGAAACGGGCAUGGCUUUGCCGUUUUGCUUCGACAGGUCACCAUGGACUGUUGCUAGCAUGCUUGCCAUUCUUAAAUCUGGAGGAGCUUGUGUUGCUCUUGAUCCGUCCUAUCCGAUCCAACGACUGAAAGAUAUCAUCAGAAUAACGGGAGCAAGAAUAGUCGUGUGUGAGGACAAAUAUACUGAGCUAUUUGAAGGUCUGCCAGACCUAAUGAUAGUUUCGGUCAGCCCAGACCUUUGGGAUCGCAUCCCACAGGUUGACGGGUGCACCUCAUCAGUUAUGCCGAGUGAUCCCGCCUUCGUCAACUUCACUUCUGGAACUACGAUAAACAAGCUCGAAGUCAAUUGGGCUUAUCUUACCCCCACUGUUGCGAGUCUUCUUGAUCCAUCGGAAGUUCCAAGUUUGAAGACUAUUUGCCUUGGCGGAGAACCGGUACUUGAUACUCUGGUGACGAAGUGGAUAAACAAUGCCACAUUGGUCGCGACAUAUGGUCCUUCUGAAUGUUCAAUCGCCAUCUCUCGAUCCAUAGUGCGUGGCUUCGGGAAUGGACAGCUCGGUCCUGCCUCGGGUGGUCUUCUCUGGGUCGUCAAUCCAGUGGACCAUAAUAAGUUGGUACCUCUUGGAGCUCCUGGCGAGCUGCUCAUUGAAGGACCGCUGGUGGCUUGGACGAAAGAUUUCCCAGUGUCUGGCAUCGCACAAGCUGGACGACGUAUGUACAAGACGGGAGACAUCGUCCGUUUCAACAAGGAUGGAUCAAUGACUAUGUUGGGCAGGAAAGCUGAAGAUGCCCAGGCCAAAAUCCACGGACAGAGAGUUGAUCUUGGAGAAGUGAGCCAUCACAUCACUGCGAGCGAUAUGGUCAAGCAUGCGGUAUGCUUCGUUGCGAAGAAAGGCCUGUUUGCUAACAGAUUGACGGCAAUCAUCUCUUCUAUGGAUCUGGCAGACGCCAUAUUGGGGUUUGCUGAUCAGCCUUUGAACCUCCAGGAUGGUCCAGAGGCGCGUGAGAAAAUCUCAGAUCUUCGCCAUUGGCUCGAGGAUCGCGUCCCGAGCUACAUGAUGCCGCGGUCGUGGAUUUUGCUGGAAAAGGUUCCCGUCACGCUGAAUGGCAAAUUGAAUCGCCGUGUUCUUCUCCAAUGGCUUGAAUCUGUGGAUAACGACACAUACGAGAGCAUACUGACGCUCAACAAUGAUGACGAAACAAAUGCAUUGGCCUGGUCAGGCUCCCUUAGCCCAAUGGAAGAGAGUCUGGCCAAAGCGUGGAGCCAUGUUCUCAAUGUUCCAGAGGGACAAAUUAGUGUCAACCAAAGUUUCUUCAGCCUUGGAGGAGAUUCUAUUUCGGCGAUUAAGGUAUCUUCCAGAUUGCUCAACGAAGAUAUCCAAGUAUCCAUGCAUGAUAUUCUACAUUAUCGUACCCUAGCCGAAAUCGCCAAAAGAGCAACACGGGCCAGCUCGGCUCCCAACGGCGUUCAAGCACAAGUUGGUGCAACCGAUGCACCAUUCUCACUGCUAUCGCGACGUUUAUCCAAUUCACAGUUUGAGAAGUUAGUGGCCAAGGUUGCAUCCAAUCUCGAAGAUGUUGGCACAAAUAUGGACAGUGUCGAGGAUAUUUAUCCCUGCUCACCCAUGCAAGAAGGUAUCUUGUUUAGCCGUGCUAGGCAGGACGGCCUCUACGAUUUGAUCAACGAUUUCAAAAUCGUCUCCCGCACAAGCACUGAGCCUGUCAGCCUGGAGCGAUUUCGCCAUGCUAUCGACCUUGUCACAGCGCAGCAUCAGUCGCUUCGUUCUUUCUUCGUUGAAGGCGACGAUGCAACCCCGUAUGUGCAAGUGGUUAAGAAAAUGGUAGAAGCUCCCGUUGUUUGCAUCAGUUCCUCUAAUUCACAGGAGCCUUUUGAGGAUGUGGUCGUGGAUUCUAUUCCACUACAUGGGCUUGGCUACCGGUUCGUCCUCUGUCAAGUCUUACCCACGGGAGACGUUUACGGUAGACUUGAGAUCAACCAUGCCUUGAUCGAUGGACAAUCCAUGAAAGUCCUCAUCACAGACCUUCUGUUAGCAUACGAUGAGCAGCUGCCUCUCUCUCAUAGUCCACCACUUUACGGAGAUUUCAUCAAGUACCUUGAACAACUCUCGACGGAGAAAUCGCUGGAAUACUGGACUUCUGUUAUACGAGGCCUUGAACCUUGCAUCUUACCCUCGCUUAACAAUUUGCAAGAUCAGAAUAUGUGCAAUGAAAUUGAUGAAAUCUUGGAUCCACACCUUACAGAAUUGAUCUUCCAAUUUUGUAGGAACUAUGACACCACGAUUGCCACUGUGAUCAGUGCUGUUUGGGCACUCGUGUUGCGGGCAUACGCGGGCAUGGACACAGUUUGCUUUGGCUUACUGACAUCCGGACGAGCAAUUCCGGUGCCACAAGCAGAAUCUAUCAUCGGGCCCUUGAUUACUAUGAUGGUCUCGCGAGUCGAUAUGAAUGCAGAGAUGCCGAUUCUUGAAAUGAUACGCAACAUACACGAUGGUUUCCUAAACGGAUUAGAGCACCAGCAUACUUCUCUUGCCGCAGUACAGCAAGCUUUUGAUGAGGGCAGGCAACGCGGGAAAAUGUUCAAUACUGUGGUGAACGUGCUUAAAGGUGACGUCGCAGCUGCUGAGGAAUCGCCAUCUAGCAUCAAGCUUGAGGUUAUGGACGCCAGCGGUCCAACUGAAUACGAUGCUUCUUUAGACGUUAUACAUACGGAUACAAAUAUCUCCUUGAGUUUCAGCUAUUGGACAAACUGUCUAUCGAACGAACAAGCCAAGCUCAUGCAGCAAACCUUGUUACAUGUUCUGGAAAGCCUUGUCCAGGGAGCCUCUGGCAGAGUGGGCGACCUCGAUAUACUGAGCGAAGCUCAUAAGUCUCAUAUUAUGCAGUGGGCCAGUGAGAUGCCUCCGACAAACUACUCUUGUGUCCAUGAGCACGUGGAGAAAAGGGCUAAGAUGCAACCUGAUGUAGACGCCAUCGUCACAUCGGAUCUGAGCAUCACAUACGACGAAUUGGAGAGACUCUCUUCUCUUCUUGCAGCCCAUCUUGCUUUCUUGGGUGUCAGACCUGAGGUGAUGGUGCCUUUCUUCUUCGACAAAUCGCCUUGGACUAUUGUGGUGAUGUACGCCAUCUUGAAAGCAGGCGGCUCUUGCGUGGCCCUCAGUCCAGAGUUUCCUGAUUCAAGACUUACUAAUAUGAUUGAGGCUACCGAGGCAACGCUUGCUAUUUGCGACUCAGAAUACGUGGAUAGGCUCCAAACAUUAAUACCAACAGCGGUGCCCAUCGACACAUCAGUGUCUACGGCCAAUGCUAUGAUGAGUCGCUUCGAAGCCCUUUCUGGCACAAGUCCGUCUCAGGCAAAGCCAUACCACCCAGCUAUUAUCGCAUUCACAUCAGGCUCCACUGGAACACCUAAAGGUAUCAUCUUGACUCAUGCUUCAAUGAGUACCAGCAUGUUUGCACACGGACCUCUAGUUCAAAUGUCUGAAUCUAGCCGUGUUCUCCAAUUUUCUUCGUACACUUUUGACGCCAGCUUGGAAGAGAUAUUUACCACCCUUGCCUUUGGAGGUACAAUUUGCGUUCCAACCGAGUACGAGAGAAUGAACGAGUUACCAGCGUUCAUCAAGGCUCAUCGUGUCAAUUUCGCUGCUUUGACGCCUACUGUGGCGUCAUUACUUAAUCCAGAAGAGCUCCCGCUGAAGACAGUUGAUAUAGCUGGUGAGGUGGUUCCCCAAACGUUGGCCAGCAAAUGGGCGACCCAUACAAACUUGGUUGUUACGUAUGGACCCGCAGAGUGUUCCAUCAUCAGCUCCGGAAUGCUAGUUGACCCAAAUCAUGUCCAAAAUGGUACUCUUGGAAAGCCUGCUGGUACCCUGAUGUGGAUAGUUGAUGCCAAUGACCACAACAAGCUGGUUCCUAUUGGUUGCGCUGGCGAGAUUCUUAUAGAAGGACCUCUACUGGCGCGUGGAUAUAUCAACAAGGACCAGACAGAGAAAUCUUUCAUAUUUGAUCCUUGUUGGACGCAAAUGUGCCCUGUCUCUGGUGCUGGUGAUCAGCGUCGAUUAUACAAAACAGGUGACUUGGCCCGAUAUGAGCCCGAUGGAUCCAUCAUCUACCUUGGACGAAUGGAUUCCCAAGUCAAAAUCCACGGACAACGAGUUGACUUGGGCGAGGUUGAGACAGCCCUAUGGAGUCAUGGAGUGAGCCAGUCAACUGCAAUGGUUCCCAAAAAUGGACAUUUUACCAAGAAGUUGGUCGUGGUAUUCUCAAAGAGCAAUGCCUCCUCGGCCUCUGGGCGCAUUCUCGAGGUCAUGACAGAUGACGAUGUUGCAACUCACGUGGCAGAACUGCGAAAAGGUCUACAAAUUGCCCUACCCGGAUACAUGUUACCUCGCGUAUGGGUUCCUGUUGAAGCUCUCCCCCUAAAUCCAAAUGGAAAGCUGGACCGUCGCGCGGUUGGGCAGUGGCUAGAGAGAUUGGACGAAGAAGCCUGCGAGCGCAUUCUUGCGCUUGGUAACUCUCUCAAACCGGCCUCUGAGCUUACAGAAAUCGAGAAACUCCUAGUCUCUCCCUUCUUCAGCCUCGGAGGAGACAGUGUCUCUGCCAUACGAGUGGCAUCGCAGCUGAGAUCUCAGGGUAUACAUCUAGCUGUUCAUGAUAUUUUCCGUCAUCGUACCGUGUCAGCACUGGCGGAACUUAUUACCAGUGAAAAUCCCAAUUUAGCUGGAGCCAUUGGCAAAAUCCAGCCCUUCGCUUUAACGCCGUCACAGCUCAUGCAGCUCAGAAGCCACGCGGGACCGACCAGCACUGUUGCUCGGAAAUUAAUCGCGAAACUCAAAAGGAGAGUAGAUUUCGAUGAAAUGAACGCUGCUUUCAAGACACUUAGUGAGCGGCAUCCCAUGCUAACUGCUCACUUUGAGCGCGAUUCGAGCGGUACUUGGUCGCAAAGAUUAGUGGACACACCAGGAAAUCUCUUGGAGCUUGGCCAUCUGCAUGCGACAUCGCUUGAAGAGGCACAGUCGCUAUUCUUGUCCAUGCAACAUGACUUGGAUAUUGCGAAAGGUCCCCUUGUGGCGGCAAGUCUGGUCGAUAUCGAAUCGGUGGACACCGAAAGCAGUCAAUUACUGAUCUUGGCCAUGCACUCUCUCAUUGCAGACGAUGCAUCAUUACGGGUCAUAUUAGAAGAUCUGGAAACUCUGCUAUUGCAUGCACCUGCUGGCUGUAGCCCAGCGUCAUUCCAAGAUUGGGCUCUUGCACAGUUCAAUAACUCUCAGCGAAAGCUUUCUAACAAUAGUUUUGCUGCAAUAUUAGGCACAGCUCAGACUAAUUUUAUGGAUUACUGGGGCAUGCAACAUCAUCCCAAUACUCACAGUUGUAUCAAAACCUCAGAAAUCUCAAUUGAUCCCGACACAGCAUCACUUCUUCUCGGAAAAGCCAAUCUGACACUGAGAACAGAAGCUGUUGAAAUACUACUGGCUGCGCUCUGUCACUCCUUCACAAACACUUUCACUGACCGCCCUCCACCGAAGGUGUUUUGUGCUAGUAAUGAUAGAGAUGGAGAAGCCGAUGACAGUAACAUUUCUAGCGCUGUUGGGUGUUUUACGACCAUAUCGGCUGUAUGCGCAGAGGAGAAUUACACGACAGCGCCUGUCAGCAGCGAUCUUGAAACACGGAUAGUCCAAACUCUGAGAUGCGUCAAAGACCAGCGUCGCUUCGCCCAUCACAACGUUACGGGACUUGAAGAUAUGGAGGUGUUCUUGACCUAUACUAAAAAAUCGUGUCUUGAAACCGCGUUGUUCCAGGAGAUGCCUUGUGUCGAAGGCAACGAUAUUUCUGAGCACCAGACAAGAAAAUCUUUGUUCGAGGUGUCUGCGGAAGUCAUUGAUGGACAAAUAGAUAUCAGAUUCCAUUAUCAUGAGAACAUGGCACGCCAAAGCGACAUCUUUGCCUGGAUCCAAGCAUUCGAAGAUCUACUUCGAUCCUCUGCUUCGGGGUUGGCUCAAGCUUAUCCUGUGCCUACACUAUCGGAUUUCCCUCUUUUGGACGUCGAGGACUAUGCGUCUCUUGACAAUUUGGUGGAGCGCUGCAAAUCUCAGGCGCAGAUCUCUGAUAUAUCCUUGAUUGAAUCUAUUCAUCCCUGCUCACCAAUGCAAGAAGGAAUUUUGCUGAGUACUUUACGAUCAGCUAGUAUUUACGAUGGGCAAGAAUUCUGGAAGGUGCUCCCGAAAUCUCCCAGCGCAGACUUGGACAUACUCAAGCUUAAAGCAGCCUGCGAAAGCGUCAUUGCCCGCCACGAUAUACUCAGGACUCAUUUCGUUGAGGCUCACCACGGACGUUCAGCUUUCCUUCAAGUUGUUCUUCGAGCAGUGAAUCAUCCAGUUCAAUUGGCAACUUUUGACGAUUUUGAUGACUUGACGCAUCAGCCACUGCCACAACUACAUCAAGCAGGCAUCCUUCCAUACAUCUUUACGCUAUGCGAGUUGGCAACUGGUGACGUUUAUUUGCGUCUCGACAUUAGCCACGCGCUUUCUGAUGGCGUUUCAACCGGAAUUCUGAUGCGGGAUCUUCUGCUGGCCUACGAUGGUAAACUCUUGCCAGCAGGACCAUCCUACAGAAACUACAUAUCUCAUCUUGAGUCUCAGUCCGGAGAACUGACACUUCAGUUUUGGCAAGACAAUCUCAAAGACGCAACACCAUGCCAUUUCCCUCUGCUUAACGAAUCCGGGGUUGGCAGUUCACCUAUUCACCGGAGCACCGAUGUGCCGCUUUCUAUUCAGCAAAAGGACGAAGUGCGAGAAUUCUGCAAGUUGCAUAGCACGACGCUGGCAAACUUUAUGUCCGCAAUCUGGGCAAUGGUUCUGCCAUGUUUUUCCGAUGCGUCUUCUGAUACGGCUACUUUUGGUUACCUGGCAUCGGGUCGCGAUAUUGCACUUCCCGGAGUCGAUGAUAUCCUGGGUCCGAUGAUAACCAUGCUGAUUCGCAGCGUCAAUGUUAGCCCCGAAACCACAGUCUUAGGCCUCAUUGAGGAAAUGCAGCAAGACUUCAUUAAAAGCUGGCCGUAUCAACACUGCUCCCUCGGCGAGAUUCAUCACGCUUUGGGACUUAGUGGUACGCCGCUCUUUAAUACCAUUGUCAACCUAGGUCAUGCUGGUGGCUUCAAAAAGCCCCAGGACAUGCCAGGUGAUAUUCUCUUUGUGCCUGAAAAUGUUCAGAGCCGCAGCGAGUACGAUAUUGCUUUCAACAUUCUAGACUCUGACGAAGGCUUCUGGCUCACACUUAGUUACUGGGAUCGCUGCCUCUCUGAGGCACAGGCCAUCGUCCUUUCGCACACUAUCCAGGCAGCGAUUGCAUCUGUUCUCGAAAAGCCAGAACAAUGCAUUUCUGCUGUGGAUUUGGUGGACGAUUUCCACACUCAAAUGAUGCAGUCCUGGAAUGCGGAUAUCCCUGAGCCAGUAUUUGACUGUAUCCACCUUGCCUUCGAGAGGCAGGUCAAAUUGCAGCCAGAAGCUCCUGCCGUCUGCUCCAGUGAUCCGAAGAUAUCGAUCUCGUAUAAGCAACUGGAUUCUAUGACCGAUAAUCUGGCGUCCUCUCUACGAGAGAUUGGGGUGGGACCAGAGUCACUUGUGCCUUUCUGUAUGGAUAAAUCCCCAUUCACACCAGUAGCCAUGAUCGCGAUUCUCAAAGCCGGCGGCGCUUGCGUUGCCCUUGAUCCGAACCAGCCAAUUGAAAGACUUCGGAGCAUUAUCGAAGCUUCAGGAGCCAAGGUGGUAUUGGUAGCACCGCAGCACAAGGAUCUGCUUGCCAACAUUGUCCCCCAUAUCGUCCUCGUUGGGGAAGAAUCUCUACGCAACCUUGAAGGUUCCGCCAAGGCUCUUCAGCCUACUGCAGCAGCUUCCCCAGCAAAUCACACCAACCCAGCUUUUGUUAUCUUCACUUCUGGGAGCACAGGAACUCCUAAAGGAAUCGUAGUUGAACAUGGCGCGUUUUGUUCAAGUGCGCGAUCUCAUGCCCCAAUUUUGGGCCUACACAGCGGUACUAGGGUCCUGCAAUUCGCAUCUUACACAUACGAUCUGAGCAUCGCCGAGACUUUCACAACAUUGAUGGUGGGUGGGUGCAUCUGCGUGCCUUCUGAGUACGACAGAUUGAAUCGGUUGGCCGCAGCUAUCAACGCAAUGUCAGUCGAAUGGAUGUUCCUUACCCCGACUGUAGCAGCUUUGCUACAGCCCGAGCAAGUACCUACCGUGAGGACUCUUGUUCUUGGAGGAGAGCAUGCGACUCACAACAACUUCUCAACCUGGGGUGGUAGGCCGGGCAUAUGUCUCAUCAACAGUUACGGCCCAGCAGAGUGUUCUAUCUGGACAAACGCGAAUGUUGGUGUCAAACCGACGUCAGAUAUUUCCAACCUGGGGCGCCGACUCGGCUGCUCAUUAUGGGUAGUUGAUCCCCGCAAUCAUCAUCGUCUUUUCCCAAUGUACGCCAGAGGUGAACUGGUCAUUGGUGGGCCAACUCUGGCAAGAGGCUACCUUCACGACCCAGUCAAGACAGAUGCAGCUUUUAUUCAACCGCCAGCCUGGUACACCGAUGACAGUGGUACAGAGCAACGACUUUACAAAUCGGGUGAUCUUGUGUAUUAUAACUUGGAUGGAUCCCUCUCUAUUCAAGGCCGCAAGGAUACACAGGUCAAAGUUCACGGACACCGAAUUGAACUUGACGAUAUUAAUCAUAAUAUGGCUCGUAUCCCGCUAAUUGAACAUGCAAUGGCCCAACUUCCACGUUCAGGGCCACUGGAAGGUCGUCUGGUUGCAGUAGCAUCAUUGAAAGAAGACAGACCUCUGGCCAGUUCUCCUCAGCAAAUUCUCAAGAUUAUCAGCGACUCUGGCCACAUGCCGCAGGUAGCCACCAAGCUUGGACAGAUCAGAUCCGAGCUAGAAAAACAGCUGCCUAAGCAUAUGUUACCGACUGUGUGGGUUAUUGUUCAGAAGAUGCCUUUGCUCUCCUCUGGCAAGCUGGACAAGCGCACCGUUAAAGCUUGGUUGGAUUCGAUGGACGAAGAGAGCUUCAGCCAAAUAAAAGCAAUGUCAACUUCGGAUGCGGUGUCGCAACUAUCGCCACCUGAAAAUGACGUCGAAUUUCUUUUGCAAAAGGUCUGGUCCGAGGUAUUGAAGUGUGAACCUUCGACUAUUGGCGUGACAGUCAGUUUCCUUGGCUUGGGAGGCGAUUCUAUUUCUGCAAUGCAGGCGGUUUCCAAGGCACGCGCUGCUGGCAUGAACAUUUUCGUUCAGGAUAUCUUCAGGCUAAAGACAAUCCGAAAACUGGCUGAACAGGCUGGUGUGGCAGGAAGAGUUGACGAGCCCAUCGCUACGCCUGGCCGUUUUGGACUCCUGCCAGCCAAGGGACCACAACAACUUACCCGACUUGUGAAUGACUGCGCAUCAAUUUUACAUCUCGAUGGAACUGGUGCUAGUAUCGAAGAUAUCUUCCCCUGUUCUCCUAUGCAAGAAGGUAUCUUAAUCAGCCAGGCUAGGUCACCAGAUCGCUAUCAUGUUAGAGCUUUGUUCGAGGUCUUGGUCCAGUCUACGGAAUUAGUCGACGUGGACAGACUUGAACAAGCCUGGAUUAAGGUGGCUCAGCGACACCAGGCAUUGCGCUCCGUAUUUUUAGAGGAGUCUUUUGGUGGAGAGAACAUGCUUCAAGUUGUGUUGGACCGAGUCACCGUCCCAGUAUUGAAGCUGGAAUGCGAAAAGCUCGAAGACUUCACCGAAUCCACCGAGGUGAACCAAUAUGCCAAGGAUGGUCCCCCAUACCGCUUUUCCAUCUGCAAACUGCCAUCUGGCGUGGUCUAUUGCCACUUAGCCAUGACUCACGCCCUGGAUGAUGGCUCUUCAAUGCGCGCGCUGCUGCGAGAUAUUUGCCUGUCUUAUGACGACCUGCUCCCAUCGGGUGAUCCACCGCUCUACAGCAAUUUUAUUUCAUAUAUUCAGCGGCAGUCUAAAGAUGCUGGCCUCAAGUUUUGGGAAUCGUAUCUUAGUGGGGUUGCAACCUCUCACUUCCCGGCAUUGACGACGCGUGCCUCAGCUGAUCCAACUGAGGAUGGUAUCGUCGAGAGAUGGAUCGAAGGAGACAAGGCAAGCUCUCUCCUUCGGUUAUGCGAAGAGCACGACAUUACGAUUGCAGAUGUAUUCAAGACGGUUUGGGCCAUCGUUUUGCGCUCUUUUGUCGGCGCCGAUUCUGUUUGCUUUGGAUACCUUGCUUCAGGUCGCGAUGCUCCCAUCAAGGACGUUCACAACAUUAUGGGACCUCUCAUCAAUAUGCUGGUAUUCUAUGCCCAUGUUGAUAAAUCCAAGUCCCUCAUUGAACUCUGUAAAGAAGCAAAUGACUCGUAUCUCCAGGCACUACCACAUCAACAAUGCUCGCUCAAAGAGAUUUUACACGCUGUUCGGGGACCUGGACAAUCUGCCGCCCUUUUCAACACAGUUGUGAAUGUGCAGAAGGGAGUAACUGCAUUCUUUGCCGAUGAACAAGACUCAACAGCCCAUCGGACCAUCGAUCUUCGUAGUCGCAUCUUCCAUGACCCUACUGAGUAUGAAUUGAGCAUUGACAUUCAAAAUUUUGAGAGUUCAAUUGCUAUCUUGAUGAACUACUGGACUUCCCUUCUAUCAGAGGAGCAAGCCGAUCGGCUUAUCGAUCUUGUUCUUGACGUUGUUGAAAGUCUUCUAGACAACCCGAUGCAGACUGUCGGACAGCUUGAGCUAUGCACGAGCAAUGAUGCAUCUCUUUUGCAUAGCUGGAACAAUGCUCCACUGGUCGAGGAGGAGCGUUGUCUUCAUGAAGUUAUCGAGGAGCAAGUUGCUUCUAAACCCGAGGCCGUUGCUGUGGUCUCUGACGAAGGCUCUCUUACGUUUCAGGAAUUGGAUAGCAUGGCUAACAAACUUGCGCAUCAUCUCAAACAAUUAGGAGCAGGCCCUGAAACUAUUAUCCCGUGCUGCUUUGAGAAGUCUAUCUGGGCGAUUGUUGCCAUGUUGGGUGUGUUGAAAGCGGGUGCUGCAUGCGCCGCUCUCGAUCCAGCUCAUCCCCUGGAGCGACUGCAAACAAUUUUGAAGGAUACUGAGGCACCAUUCGUUCUCUCCUCUUCACUUCAAAUUGCUCUCGUGGCACAAACUGGUCUACAGGCGGUUGUUGUCACAGAGGAGACACUCAACAAGCUCCCUCCUUGUGCCUCUGCUCCCAGCACUGGUGUCAAGCCUGAUAACAAAGCCUUUAUUGUCUACACUUCUGGAAGUACGGGGACUCCAAAGGGUGCUAUACUUGAACAUCGUAACCUAUACGCAUCCUCUAGAGGAUUUGGUACGUUUGGAAUGAACAGCGAAUCCCGAGUCGCCCAUUUCUCUUCCUAUGCUUUCGAUGUUAGCAUCGGAGAGACGAUGCUCGCUCUGACACACGGCGCAUGUGUGUGCAUCAUAUCGGAGGAGGAUCGUCUUGGAGACCUGACGGCAGCGUUGAACAGACUCCAAGCGACAUUUACACAGUUGACCCCAACUGUGGUGCGCACCUUGGAGCCAAGCGAACUGCCCUAUAUGAAAACGGUAGUGACAGCUGGUGAGCUUCUGACAGACGACAUUAUUCACAAAUGGACCGACAAAGUUCGACUAUUCAACUCAUAUGGACCCUGUGAGUGCGCGAUCAAUUCGACCGGGAGCGAUUUGCUCAAGGCUGGUGCUCGGGGCGCUGUAAUCGGAAAGCCUCUACAGUCGAGGCUCUGGAUUGUCGAUCCCGAAAACGACCAACUGCUGGUUCCCCCAGGAGCCGUUGGUGAACUGGUAGUUAAUGGACCAAUUGUGGGACGUGGUUAUCUAAACAAUCCCGACAAGACCAAAGCUGCUUUCAUGGAAAUGCCGCGAUGGGCUACCGCCUCCUCGAACGCUGGCAGAUUCUAUAAGACGGGAGACCUGGCUCGUUGGACUUCUGACGGCAGCAUACACUACUUGGGACGCAAGGAUGUCCAGGUUAAGAUUCAUGGACAGAGGAUCGAGUUGGGCGAAGUGGAGUAUCGCAUCGCAGAGAAAGCAGGAUCUGCUUUCAAGGCUGUUGUGGCGGCCGUCCCCAAGGAUGGCAGACUGAAGCAGCGACUGGUAGCUCUUAUGUCUCUUGGCGACCAGAAGCUACAUCAAGGAGGGGGAUUUUCUGUUGUUGACGAUGCUGACCUUAAAUCGAGAUCAUUGGCAGAAAUUGCCGAUAUUAUUGAAUCGGUGAAGAAGAGUUUGCCGCGGCAUAUGGUGCCUAGUCUUUGGAUACCAGUCCAUGAUGUGCCCAAACUCCCUUCUGGCAAGACCAAUCGUCGCUUCAUUAACCAAUGGCUGGAUGAAAUCGACGAACAGCUGUACGCAGACCUGACUACGUCUUCCCAGUCGAGAGUUGUUCCGCCAAAGUCCGACAUGGAAGCAAUGCUUCAAAGAAUCUGGGGAGAUAUCCUUCAUCUCGAUGCGACGAGCAUCAGUACAGACCAGAGUUUCUUCUCUCUUGCUGGCGACUCUGUGCUGGCUAUGCAGCUCAUGGCCCGCUGUCGUGCUGAAGGUGUGACGGUGAAAGUGCGAGAUAUCUUCCAGUACACAACAAUUGCAGCCCUGGCACCUCGAUGUACUCGUGAUGUGGGUGGACCAAACUCUAUAUCAGAUGAUUAUAUACCGCAAACAACUCUCAUUGAAGCUGAGCAUGGGGACCUCGACUUUGAUGGCAUGUCAAACAUCGAAGCCGUCUACCCUUCCUCACCUAUGCAGAGCAGUAUUCUCGCUAUCCAAGAAACACAGAAGAAUGCAUGGUUUGCAAGCUUCAUAGUAGAGGCCGAACUGCCAUCUCAACACAGAUCGACUCGGAUGGAGGACCUCGCUAUGGGGUGGCAAAUGGUGGUUAAUCGUCACGCCGUACUUCGCACAGCUUUCAGAGCUGGAAAGCAGACCGGUCGGCAAUACCAAAUCGUGCUGAAAGAGUUUACAGCUCCUGUUUCCUAUAUCACAGAUGCUUUAUCAACUGAUCCUACGUCUAUUUUCAAUAUUUCGCCUGAUAUUCCGGACUAUGGACUGCCACCACAUCGCAUGGUUCUUGCAGAGACUAUGUCGGAGAAGCGUGUCUUCAUUCAGCUGCAGAUCAGCCACGCCUUGUAUGAUGCUGUGGGUAUAUCAGUACUAUGGCACGAUUUCCAAAUGGCAUACUCGAGUCUUCGAGGAGACGGCGUUGCUUUGGACAGCAUGCCUGUUUCUCCUUAUCGCGCCUUCAUUUCCUACAUUGAGGGUCUGCCCAAGCCAAGCGCCGUCGGCUUCUGGAAGAAUCACUUAGAGGGCAUUUCACCCUGCUUUUUCCCAUCCCUGCCCGAUGAACGAUCAAAUAGAGGCAUCAACAUGACAAGCACAACAUCUACGUCGAAUCCUCCUCUUCAUGGAUCAUUUAAUAGCAUCGCUGUCCCGAUUAAUCGGACCAGUAAGAUUCGCGCAUUUUGCAAAGAGCAGGCUGCUACAACUGCCAACUUAUUUCAGGCUGCUUGGGCUAUUGUACUCCGCCAUUUUACCAAGUCUGACGAUGUGAAUUUUGGAUUCAUGCUCUCCGGACGCGAUGCUCCCCUGCCCGAAGUCGAUACCAUCCUGGGCCCCCUAAUCAACCUUCUACCUUGCACGGUUAAAGCUAAUGGCCACCGGACACUGCAAUCCAUGUUACGGGCUUUGCAGUCUAACUAUGCUGAAACAUUGAUGAGUCAAAAUUGCUCUCUAGAAGAAAUCCGCGCAGCCGCGGGGAUUGACGGGCCAUUAUAUAACACAUUUCUGAAUAUGCAACGCGUGACCAAACAAUCGCCUUGCUCUCAGAGUAGUGUCCAAUUCAAUGAAGUUGAUGCGUUUAUGACAGACGAGUAUGCUAUCUCCGUCUACAUUUCGGAUGUCGGUGAUGACAUAUUCAUGGAAUUGUCAUAUUGGACAUCGGUUCUCACGGAUGAAGAUGCCCAGAUGAUAGGCCAAGCUAUACUUCGAGCACUAGAUGUCUUAUUCGCUGCUGACUCAACGGAUAGUCCGCUGAGUCUCAAGUUGUGAUGAAAUUAGGGGUCGUUGGAAUCCAGGUUCACGGUCGUUGCAUGAAUAUAGGAUAGUUAUUAUGGCAUUAACUCACUGAGUUGUAUGUCUCGAGAAUAUUACUUGUCACGAUC